AUGGAUAAGUUUGGGACAUUUUACGCAAACACAGCCGAAGGCAUACUGUCACCAAGUCUCGCCGAUAAUAAUAAUAAUAUGCUACAAAACGUAAUCCCAUCCAUCGAUAACAAACAUCUUACCUCGACAUCGGACCAAGCAUACGCUCCAUUAGACCAAUGUGAGCAAACCAGUGUAAAUACAAUGAAUCCAUCCAUGACGAACGGAAUAGUGUUCGGACCUGGCUACAAUUUCAUCACAAAUAAUGUAAAUACUUUUCAGACCGAACAGCAGCUAGAUGUGAUGCAAGAAAUACGACAGCUCAAAACAGAAAUGCUCGCGAUGAAGAGAGAGAACGAUCAGUUGCGUCAAUCGUUUCAACAAUUUCAAACAACCAACUAUAAUCCUGGCCAUCUACAAUCGUUACUGACCCCUCAUCCCGCCGUUCGGCGUUUGACACCAUCAUAUAGUUUUUCACCAUUCUUUAAUCCAUGCCUUGUAUCCGAACCACUAUCACCGUAUGUGCUGGGUCCACUGUUUUUUCCGCAACCGGAUACCCUGAGACCCGACUGGCAAUGUAUGGGAUGUGAUAGCAAGACCAGAAACAAUCUUCACAUUCACGAGCCUAUAUUAAAGCUGUAUUGCUCCAUGCCAUGCUAUAAUACCAACAAGAGCAAACUGCAGACUCGAAUAAUUACAAUCGACAAUGACAGCGCAGAAGUCGCGUCAAUUAAAAAGACCUUUUGUUCGUCGGUAAAAGGGGCCGAAAUAUGUCUGUUUGCUCGAUUGGAAAUGCCAAAGACUAUUGUCGAUAAACACAAUGAAUAUAAAAAACGUUUUGCUGAGCAAAACCAAACCACUGAAGAAAAUGUCACGCAGAGAAUGUUUCACGGAACAAAAAUCAAGUGUACUAAUAAAUUGAGCAAUCCUGAAGUCUGCAGUAAAAUCGGGUCUGGAGAUCUUUGUAAGGAACUUUGUGGGUUAUGUGGUAUUAUCCAGUAUGGAGUUAGAACGGAGUUUUCCCGCUUUGGAAACACACUGUGGUUUGCAGGUAGUCCAAUGAUUUCCCAUAGUUACUGUGGAAUAUCCAAUCCAAGGGCAAUGUUUGUUGUAGAUGUUGUUGCAACCACUCAUUCCAAGAUUUUGACCGUUAAUCGAAAUGAGGCCACGCUUCCUCGUUACCUAAUUUUAUUCCAAGCCAGUAGAAAACGUACCGCGUCCCAAAGUACCUCGAGCGGCGUGCGUAUCAAACGAUGUAAAACUGUCUCAAAAGAGCAGCAGCUUAAUUUCCGAUAG